CUCAUAGCUAUUUAAUUAAGGGAUGGCAGAUGACCCCUCACUGUCUUGCUGCCUCUUGUUCCAACAGGUCCUUUGUCAUCCAGCAAAUCCCAAGCAGCAAUCUGUUCAUGGUGGUGGUGGACAGCAGCUGCCUCUGUGAGUCCGUGGCCCCCAUCACCAUGGCGCCCAUUGAAAUCAGGUAUAAUGAAUCCCUUAAGUGUGAACGUUUAAAGGCCCAGAAGAUCAGGAGGCGUCCAGAAUCUUGUCAUGGCUUCCAUCCUGAGGAGAAUGCACGGGAGUGUGGGGGUGCGCUGAGUCUCCAGGCCGAGGCAGUCCUCCUCCUGCUCCCUCUGCUUUUGAUGCUCUUCUCAAGGUGACACUGACUGAGAUGUUCUCUUGGCAUGCUAAAUCAUGGAUAAACUGUGAACCAAAAUAUGGUGCAACAUAGGAAACAUGAAGUAUAGUCCAACCAUCAGCAUCUCAUGAUUUUAAACUGUGUGUGAUAUAACCUCUUAACGAUAUGUCGACAAAGAAGUUAUCUUUUUAUUUUGCCACUCAUGCAAAUGUGAGUUUGCCACAUGAUAAUCACCCUUCAUCAGAAAUGGGACUGCAAGUGGUAGGCAGUGUCCCUUCUGCUUGAAACCCAUUGAAACUAAUUUAAAACUGUGUACUUUUUAAAUAAAGUAUAUUAAAAUCAUAA